AUGUUUUGCAGGGCGAACGAGUCUCGGGUUAUGAGGCGAUUAAGUGUUUUGAGUAGAAAUUACGUUGCUUGCAGGUCACUGUCGUCAGUUGCUACAAAAGAAAACGUCUUUGAAAGUUUAGUUGACAAUCUUCUCAGCGAAAAUCCGACUUCGAAUUCAAAUGAUAAAUCACCAACCACUUCAAGAUUGCCAAGCAAAAGCGGCUUUAGCCAACUGGCGAAUUCACCAAAGAUAAACCUCAAUGAAGCAGAAAAACGAACGACUCUUGUUCGCGAGUUAAUUCAAAAGGUUGAAUUUGAUCCGGAUGAUACAUUGAAGCUCAAUGAAGAGGAUUUAAGCACUGCGCUUGCUCAAGAAAAUUGCGAUAUCAACGUUGAUGUGUUAAUUCGUUUAAUGUCUGCCGCGAAAAAGCUCAAUACUAUUUCCCUUCAUCAAUUCAAGAAAAACUUCAUUCAGAGCUGUCAAAGCGAAUCAGUACCACGUCAAUGCCACGUCAACUACUUGAUUGCAAGUUCGGCUAAAAAGUUAUUGCCAGUGAUGAAUGUUGACGAAUUAGUUUCACUAAUCGAACAGUUUGCAUCGAGAGGAAAUCGAGAUAAGGAGUGUAUUGAUCAAGCUAUAAACCGGAUAGUCAUGAGCUCGCAGUCCUUAAGUGUCAAUCAAGGCGUGAUCUUAUUAACCUCUUUGUGUCGCCUACAUAUCUUUGAUGCUCGGAUUAUUAGGAAGAUUGUCAAUGAUCUCAACGAAAAGGGUCUGAUGGAGCUUAAAGAUUGGAAUCAAGUCACAUCACUUGCUAAUUCUUUAACCCGCUUGCGAGUCGCCAAUCCCACUUUGUGGAAUAUGCUAGGUCAGUGGGUGGUAGAAAAGUUUGCGUCCAAAGAUGUCGAGAAGAUUGGAUUAUUUGUCAGUGGAAUGGCUCAUCUGGGUGUAGUAGACAAACAUGGCAGAGAGCUUGCGACACGAUUAGCAAAAAUUCUCGAUAAACAGAAAGCCAAAUCGGAGAAUGUUUGGCUUUCCAGCAUGACAUCAUUGGCAUAUUAUGGGGUGUUGCCUGGUCAUCUUGCAGAAACUAUAUUAAACAAGGAUUUUGUCGCCCAUCUAUGCAACUCAUUGAAGCAAUCACCGGAGAACACGAUGUACCAUCUUUUGCGCAUAAUGCGUAUAAACAGUUACGUGAAAAACUGCAUACAAGACUAUCACGGACCGACUUUUGAUCUUGCCAAAGAAUUUCGAGCAAUUCCAGAAAUGACACAAAUCGCUAGAAAACUGAAAUAUGGUGGCAACUCAAAAGAAGAGGGCGAUUUUCUUGAUAUUCUUUAUAAGGUGACACCUUUAAGUCAUUGUCGGGCUCCUCGUUUACAUGAAAGCGGCACAUAUGUUGAGGCUGAAAUCAAGCCAGUGGAAUUCGGCUCAACAAAAUGCAUUGCGGUUAAUGAAUGGGCAAAUGACAUCACGGACAAAAAGACCAGACCAAUCCUCUAUUUUCCUUGGAAUCAGAUUCAUUACACAUACGAUUUGACAACAAGCAAUAAAAAAGACACCGAUGUGGAUGAUGAUCACGGUAGAGAGUCACGUCUUCUUGGGUUUCAUCAGAUGGGGAUUCAAUUGUUAAGAAUGGAAGGUUACAAUCCGCUCGUCAUUCUUGAUACCGAGCUGAGGCAACAUGCUGAAAUUUCAGAAACAAUAUCUUAUUUGAAAAAAGAAUUUCUGUAUAGAUUUUUGCAAUCAUGC